CUUUGCUCCUCAACUAUUUAAGCCCCUCAGUUCCGAUCCAUUUUCCUCUCUUCACAAUCACCACUUCCGUUUAUCAGCUCUCUUUAAUUUCUUCUUUCACUCUCUCUUCCUUUCUCUGCUAUUGCUUCCCAGUAAAUUAAUAAACCAGCUUAUAUCUGGGUCUUGAUCCAUGGAUGACAAAGGAGCUGAGGAGGCUCUGGAUUUGCCUCCGGGUUUCAGAUUCCAUCCCACGGACGAGGAGAUCAUCACUUUUUAUCUCACGGAGAAGGUUCUGAAUAGAAACUUCAGUGCAACUGCCAUCGGUGAAGCCGAUUUCAACAAGUGCGAGCCUUGGGACCUCCCCAAGAGAGCGAGGAUGGGGGAGAAAGAGUGGUACUUCUUCUGUCAAAGAGACAGGAAAUAUCCAACGGGGACGAGAACGAAUAGAGCGACGGAGACUGGGUACUGGAAGGCCACCGGAAAAGAUAAGGAGAUUUACAGAGGGGAACGCAACCUCGUGGGGAUGAAGAAGACCCUCGUCUUCUACAGAGGGAGAGCUCCUAAGGGGGAGAAAACUGGCUGGGUUAUGCAUGAAUUCCGAUUGGAAGGCAAAUUCGCUACUUUCAACCUCCCCAAGGCCGCAAAGGAUGAAUGGGUGGUGUGCAAGAUUUUCCACAAGAACGCGGACGUCAAAAAGACCCCUAUUGUUCCUGAGCUUCUAAGGAUGAGCUCUCUUGGCGAUCAUCUGCUGGAUUUCUCUCCGUCUCUUCCGCCUCUCAUGGAUCCUUGCUUCAGUAACGCCGACCAGCCCGGCUACAGUGGGGGCGAUGAAUUCAAGGUGGCCAGCCAGCAGCCAUCAUCGGACGGCUAUUAUCUCCCCAACUUCGCCGGCAACAACCAUCACAAUCAGACGUUGAUGAAGGUAGAAGAAGACUGCAGAAACAAUGAGAUGAUCCCCACUCACUGCACCGCCAGUCCACACGAGCAACCUCAGAUAGGAAUAAUCCCAAACACCGGUUUGUACCUUCAGCAGAAUGUUUUGUCAGAUUAUAGGAACAGAGAUGCCGGAGGCGUGAAGAACGAAAACGUGUCGUGGAGAAUGGAUAAACAGUGCAAUAUGGAACAUUCGAUGGUGAGUGUGUCGCAGGACACAGGCGUAAGCAAUGACAGAAACGCCGAAACUUCCCCGGCGGUUUCCGUUGCGGGAAGGAAUAAGGCAGUUUACGAGGAUGAUUUCAUCCAGGCUCCAUCACUGAUCGAUCCCCUUUCAGAUCUGGACUGCCUCUGGGAUGACUACUGAACAAGACCAGACAUACAUUAGAUCAAGGGAGAGAUGGCCAGCUUGCAAUUAUUAAUUUGUGGUUUAAUUUUUCUAGCAGAAAUAGACGUCCAGACCUUGCAUUAAUUUUUUAAUUUCUGGUUUUUCAUGUUGCGAAUUGAUCAUAUUAGAUCAAAGAAAAGUUCUUGGAUACACAUAUACUGUAUAGAUUUUAUGUAUAUGAUAUCCAAGCCUUGUCUCUCACUGUAGGUUUUCAUUCAUAGAACAAAUGCCACGGGAUUUGAUGAAUACUCAUGUACACAUCUAUCAUUGUUUUGUUAUGCUAAUUAAUUGGUUGGCUUAUUGUUUAAUUUAGUUCAUCUUUUAAAUUCCUAGUUCCUAGUUGCUAUUCGACAGUUCAACCUGUAAUUUGUGUGUACGUGACUUCAGAUUUUACUUGUAUUUCUUAGUAUUAAUUAAUAUAGGGGUAUCAUUCGUCUC